AUGCAGGGCGGAUCCAGCGGCAUCGUCUACGGCGGCCUCAAGUACCAGGCAAGCAAGCAGCAGCAGCAGCGCCUGCUGGAACCUUCUAGAACAACUUGUCUUAACCUCUUCCUCCUUUCUCUGCUCUUGCAGGCGCGGUGUAUCGCCGACGUGCGUGCGGACGCCGGCUCGACCACCUUCCUCGCCGGCACCCUAAGCCUCAAGGAGGAGAACGAGGUGCACCUAAUCCGGCUUUCGCCGGCGGAGAGCGAGCUGGUGUGCGAUGGCCUCUUCUACCACCCCAACGAGAUCUGGGACCUCAAAUCAUGCCCCUUCGAUCACAGGGUCUUCUCCACAGUCUACACGUCUGGUGAGGGCUACGGUGCGUCAGUUUGGAAAAUCCCAGAGGUUAAUGGGCAAUCAAACUCACCUCAACUUGAGCAGCUCUUUGAGCUUAGUGGGCAUACGGGCAAGACUAGACGUGUGGUUUGGUGGCCACUUGGAAAGCAUGAUAAACUAAUUAGCAUUGAUGACCGAAAUAUUUUUCUUUGGAACAUAGACACGUCAAAUAAAUCAGCUAAGGUGAUCUCACAGGGAUCAGCUGACAUGCUUCCAAAUUUACGUGGUGGAGCUUGGGAUCCACACAAUCAUAAUUCAAUUGCUGCAAUAUCUGAUUCAUCACUUCAGUUGUGGGAUCUACGUUCUAUGGAAAAAUCAACUGCAAUUGAACAUGCACAUAUACGGGAUGUGGAUUAUAACCCCAAGAAGCAAAACAUUAUUGCAACAGCAGAAGACGAAUUUGGAAUUCGCUUGUGGGAUCUCAGAAUGCUUAAGCAUCCUCUAAAAGAUCUCCCUGGGCACUCACAUUGGACAUGGGCUGUUCGGCACAAUCCUGAGUAUGACGAGCUGCUUCUGAGUGCUGGAACAGAUUCAACUGUAAAUUUAUGGUUGGCUAAAGUUAGCAGUGACGAUUCUGAAUCUGAUAGCCCUUCUGGUUCACCCAAUAGGCAAGAAGAACCAUUACUGAACUCAUAUACUGACUACGAAGACAGCAUCUAUGAUUGUCUUGGAAUCAGUCAAGCCCUACUUGCAGAGAAAAUGAAUCUUGCUCGUCUAUCUAUUUUGAAUCGAUGUUGUAUAUUUGAAAAGUGUUCAGGAAAAGGUCUUGAGUUAUAUGAUGAGGUGGAGUUGGACUGA